GGUGUUUGACACUUAUUGAAGUCUCUGGUUGAAGUUUAAUCUUAUAAAAACUUUCAGUUAUAAUAGAGCAGAAAAAAAAAUGAAAAUUUAACGUAGAAUUUUGAGAAAUUUGAAAUGAUUUGUUGGAAGUAUUUUCCGCGUUGCUUGAUACCAAUUUGCGCAGACGUAAGAUUAGUCUAAAACAUGGCCGGUCGAAGCGGUUAUGAUGAUCGUGACAACAGCAAUUACGGCGGCGGAGGACGCCGGGGUGGUCGAAAACCCCUACCAACGGAACCCCCGUUUAUUGCCUACGUUGGAAAUUUACCAGUAGGAGUCGUACAAGGCGAUGUCAAUAAAAUAUUUGAUAAAUUAAAAGUCAAAAAUGUACGCCUGGUUAUGGAUAAGGAAACAGACAGAUUUAAAGGAUUUUGUUACGUUGAAUUCGAUACACUGAAGGAUUUGGAGGAUGCUAUAGCGUUGAAUGGUGCGGUAGAAGUCGAGGGAAAUAUUAUCAAAAUUGAUGUUGCUGAAGGAAAACGUAAUGAUCGCUCUGGUUUCGAUAGAGGGGGUCGUGGCGGCGGGAACAGGGGCCGAAGUAGUGGAUUUCGAGGAGGAGAUAGACCGCCCCAUGGAGGAGGAGGAGGUUACAAUGACGGGGAUUUCGAUAAGAGGGGCGGUCCCCCAAGAGGCCCUGGUGGUUUUCAGGAUGGUUCACGAAGUGGACACCGAGGAAACUAUGGAAACUUCACGGGAGAAGAUGGCGGAGGAAGUUGGGGUCAUAAAGGUGGCCAAAGAGGAGGAGGAGCACCAGGGAACUUUGGCGGACCUCCGGGAGGUGUCGGUGGUGUACGACGCGGCGGUCCUGAUAGGAAAUAUAGCGAGGAACUUCCUAAUCCCGCCCCAGAUACUUCGAGUAGGCCGAAAUUAAAAUUGUUACCGCGAACGGUAAAGGAUCCGAUCAAUAGUUUGGCAGAGUCGUCUCGAAACGCAGCGAUAUUUGGAGGCGCAAAACCCCGCGAGGAAAAUUUGGCCGAUGCACGAGAAUGAGACAGACUAAAACAAAAACAGUCUUUCUCUUCAUCGAAGCAGUAGAGGUGCGACACGGUGAAGGAUGUGAGUGUGCGUGUGUUUACGGGGUUUAGAGUAGAAGAAAAUUACUUUGAUACAGGUGGGCGCAAUGCAAACUAAUUUUGUUUUCAAGUGACUUUAGUGCAUGCUCGAAAAAUUGUUGAAAGAACUGUAACCUAUUUAAAUCAGAUGAAAUUGGUAUCAUUUUUUUUUUAAACGUUGUGAUUUUGUUGGCUUCCAAAGAGCUUUUUUCUACCAAAAUGUCUGAUACUUUUUACCCCCUUUAAAAAUACUAAAGUAUGUGCGAGAACAAUAAAAAGAUAAGAUGCAACAAAUUUGCUGCAAAUGGACUUUACUGUUGUAUCGCACACACCAUCUAAAAUACUUUAAUAUAAAUGUUCUGUUUAAUGUGUAUUUUUCUUCUUUUUUUUUGUUACGUUUUAACUUGUAAAGAAAAAAAUUAUUCGUCGUUUGCCCAAGACUUAGAUGAAUUUGUUAUUUUUUCCAAAAUAAUUUAUAUAUUUUUUUAAAAAUGUUAUUGCAAGUGAUAGUAGAGUGAAUUAUUGACAUAUUUCUGCUCAGAAAAGUUCCUACCUAGUAAUUCCAUUAUCCAGUAUCCUUUAAUUUAUUUAAUUAGGUUAAGUAAUUUAUCAUAAAGUAUACUUCUUUCAUAUAGAUUUCAUUUUUCUAUAUAUAUUACAACGAAUUUAUUAUGAAACGAUAUUACAAGUUAUACACAUUGAUAAA